AUGGCUCUGGCCAAUUCUUUCCUCAACCAGGCCCAGUAUGGCCAAGACUGGGUUGUGGCUACCACCGAGAAUGCCAUCAAUGCAGCCAUGAUCGACUACCUGCGCUCAAUGGAACAGCCAACUGUCCAGAUGGCCUGGGUACUGGACUGGGACAACGACGGGGAUGAGACUAUCAUGGAAUGGGAUCAAUUGAUGAUCGAAUUCAACAACACGGACCCCUUCGACGUGGCAGACCUCACCACGGACACGCCCGAGUGGGACAUUCUCUACCACAACCAUCCGCGGUACAGCUUUGGAGCCGCCUUCCGUGCCCAGGCCGGCAUCAAGUUGCCCGACGACGCGACUCUCGAGGACGCCACCUCCAUCCCCGACGUGGUCAGCCUCAACACGGCCGCCACCGGCGUCGACUACAUCAUCCGCUGCUCCGACUUUGAGCUGGCCUGGGCCGCCGACUUCAGUCGCGGCAAAAAGGGCAUGCGCCGCGAGAGCCAGCCGCUCGACGACCCGUGGCUCUUCCAUACCAAGGUCGACAUCAGCAUGGAUACCAUCAAGAACGGCUCCUCGUUCGAGUCCCUACCCCAGGAGAUGCAGGACGCCAUCCAGAACCUCGACGGCCGCCCCUACAGCAUCGCCCAGCUGCUCUACAACUUUCAGAGCCCCGUCCUGACUUCGGUGCCCACCAUCAACGCCGACCUCAGUCCCGACAUUCAGGGCAAGCUCAACGCCUACUUCCUCGGCGCGUACUUUGAGACCAUCGAGGGCCAAGGUGUGCCCAUGCUCGGCGCCGCCGUCAUCGAGGAUGACGGUAAAGCCCCCGAGGCCACUUUCCCCCUGACGGGCAUGAAGAUUGGCGUGAACCCCUUCCUCGGCGGCGAUGGCGCCAUCGACCCGGACCUGUCCAAGCUCACCACCCUCAACUACCUCUGCGUCACGGGCGACCGCGAGACCCAGGACGUCAAAAACAACAGGUUCGAGUGGAACUGGCUCGAGAAGUUCCAGGCCGACGAAUACUCCGGCGUCGUCGCCAUCAACGGCCACACCCUCGCCAACUACUUCAAGGACGAGCUGUUGCCGUACGUCCAGAGUAACUCCCUGCGUCCCUACGCCGACCUGCGUCCCGACGGACUACUCGGCGCGGAACUGCAAUGGAGCCUUACCCCCCGAAACAACCCCAACGUCGAAAUCAAAACCGAAAAGGGCAGCACCCCCGUCGUUGAGUUUUCCUACCAAGACAGCGAGAAGGACACGAUGAAGCGAGGUAUCCACACCUUUAAAGUCGAACUGAAACCCGAAUACAGCAUGACGCUGCAAUUUGAGCGCAACAGCAUCGUCGCGACGCAGACGGCUCGCAUCUACCUCAGUCUCGAGGGCGCCUACAACGUCAAGGAGAGCGGCUGGGUCGUUGACCGGACCAUUGUCGACACCUACGAUAUUGGCGUCGCCGACGGCCGGCUCACCGCCACUAUCCAUGAGGGCGUGCCCGAUGACAAGGGCGAGAACCUCAACUUUAGCGGCUGGGAUGAGUUCUGGGGUGGUCAGGGCCUCAACGACGCCGUCGACGAGAUCCGCGCCUACGCCAACGAGGUGACCAACACUCACCUCAGCAACAGCCCCCAAGAUCUCGCCAACGCCAUUCGAGCUUACGUUUUCCCCGGAGGUCGCGAGUUUACCUUUGCCAACGCCGAAUUUUCCGAUUACAAGGACUUGCUUGCAUACAUUACAUACGCAGCACCUUCCUAA